GAUACAGCUAGCCUCAUCUAACUUCAUUUCUCUGGCACCCUCCUGCUUAGUGGGACAUCUGUACACUUAACCCAUUUGCUUUCUCUAAUGCAUGGCAGACUCAUUGUGGCCAGGACAGCUGUGAUACUUCAGUUCCUGUUUGUAAACACCUCCUAGACCUGAAGAUUCUCCAUAUUAACACUAAUACCAAAGAAGAUUACAAUGUUGACUUCAGCCAAAAUUCUGUUGAUUUCAAUUUUGUCUAGUUUACUACUGUUUGGAAGCCAUGGGGAAGAAAGUCAAAAAACAAACACAACAGAAAGCACUGCAGAAGACUUAAAAACAGGGGGAAAUCAAUCUGUCCCUUUAGAAAGUAAAGCAAAUUUAACCUCAGAUAAAGAAAAUAGAGAAACCUCCAGCCCCAAAGCAAGUAAUUUCCCUUUUGAGGAUCCAUCAAAUAAAACACAUGAAACAGGUUUCUACAGUAAUCUGUCAACAGACAACUCUUCCAGGAGUCCAAGCCUCAUGCCUACACUUUCCCCAAGAUCUCCCUCAAUCCACAGCUUUGUUUCUAAACUGCCUUGGAACUCAUCCAUAGCAGAUAACAGUCUUCUGCCAGCUUCAGCCCCUCCCAAUAUCACAGUUUCUGUAUCUUCAGAAAACUUUACCCUGUCUUCCAUCAAUGAUACCAUGGAAGCGCCUGACAACAGUUCCAUUACAGUUAGCAACCUCCCUUCAGGACCAAACACCACAUCUGUGACCCCCAUGGUAACAGACGGAUGGCCUACCACAACCAGAGAGAGCGUGGAGGGGUUUACUGUCUAUCAAGAAACAACUUUACAUCCCACCCUGAAAUUCACCAAUAAUUCAAAAAUCUUUCCAAAUACGUCAGACCCCCAAGAAGAGAACAGAAAUACAGGAGUGGUGUUUGGGGCCAUUUUAGGUGCUAUUCUGGGUGCUUCAUUGCUUAGUCUUGUUGGCUACCUUUUAUGUGGAAAAAGGAAAACAGAUUCAUUUUCCCAUCGGCGACUUUAUGACGACAGAAAUGAACCAGUUCUGCGAUUAGAUAAUGCACCGGAACCUUAUGAUGUGAGUUUUGGGAACUCUAGUUAUUACAACCCAACUGCAAAUGAUUCAUCUACUUCAGCAGGUGGAGAAAAUGUACACGACGGCAUUCCUAUGGAUGACAUACCUCCACUUCGUACCUCAGUGUAAAACUUAGGGGGAAAAGGCAGCAGAUGGCAAGUGUUCAUCUACAUCCUGGCUUUUUCAAAUCCAUCUGCCAAACACUGAAGCAAGACCACUGUCAUGUGGCCUGUGUCAAGGAGAACUGUAAAAGCAUGAGGCUACUAGCAAAAA